AUGUCUCGAAAAGUAAAAAUUGUCUGUCUUUCCCUUUUAAGCACCACACCUGUUGUCACGGCUGCAAUCUCCACCCUUGAUGACAUCCGCAGGUCCAAUCUCACCUGGGUGGGAGGAUUCAAUCGGACGGUCUGCUAUUCCCGAACCCUCGACUAUCUCAACAAGAACAUCCUAGCCAAUGACAGUGAGGUAUUCUUUCGCGAUGGUAGUGGCCGACCAAUGUCGGGAAAGCAAGAUAUCACUCUCACCCUGCCUGGAUGCCAGGCGUUGUGCGGUGAACGCCAGGCUUGGUAUUGGGACAUUGGCCCACGGAUCACGACCUGGCUCAUCCCAAUCCUCCUUCUCAUCAGCAACGUGGAGCUUUCCCCGCUGGACAAAAGGCGAUUCUUCGCCAUCAUCCAUCUGAUGGGGGACCCAAUCGACUCCAUCUGGUCUCUUGUGCACAAGAUCGAUGCCUGGGACCGGUGCUACAGGCUUGCAGCUGAGCAAUAUGCCGACGAUCCAGACCGCGUCCAAAGGGUGAUUGCCACAGUAUUUGCAGGCUUUGAAGAGAUCAAAGGACCUGACAUCACAUUAAAUUACCUCCUCCAGACGCUCAUCAUGACAGCGAACCCCUUCCAAGAGGCAAUUUACCGCCAAUGGAGACUCGCUGCCGUCGAGCUAGCCGAUAGCAGAUCUGAUGAAAUCCUCCGGACUACCCUGGCAGUCAUUCUAUAUUUCUACCACGUUGUUGCGAGUUUCGUUGAAGAAGUAGGUGGCGAUCAAAGCAGCCCGCCAGGUGGAAGGAUCGGCACGGCCAUGUUCAUAUCCUGGCUUGUGCCAGUGGUUCUCUUGAGUAACAGCAUCGGAGGAUUCACCUCUCGUCGAUCGGCCUCCAGCAUCCUCAUUCGCUUUGCACAAUCCACCGGUCUGGAACUGGACUUCGCAUCAAGGCAAUCUACACGCCUUCGACAAUCUACGCCUCUCGAGAUGAUUAUUUCGAAUCCCUUGGCUGCCUUCAUCUUCUGCAUCUCUAUCGCACCAAUCGUUAUUGGUAUGACCGGAUCUUUCGUAAUCAUGUGGCACACUCUGCCCGUCGGAUUCGCCUGCCGGCACUUGUGGAUAAUUGCCGUGUUUACCUUGUAUUUUGUCAGCGCUUUCAUCACUUGGGCUUCACACUCUCGUCAUUUUGCCACUGGAGCAUAUCACUGGCACUUCGUUCUUUAUAAGGACGGUCUCAUCGGAGUUACGAGCCUUCUUGCAAUAUUUCUCUCCAGCAGCGGCGCCUUCAACUCUUGCUAUUGCUUCAGUGGUAACCUUUAUUAUCGUGGUCGCGGUCGUGUCCUUCUAAACUCGGACCCUUUCUAUCAUCGCAAAAAUGACACUGUAUAUCCCGCCGUCGUUGCUAUUUGCUUAUUCCUAGAACUCGCUGUUUUCGCUGCAAUGGCAUGGAUCUGGUGGAACGGGCUGCAGGUGAUGAGAUGGAGUGAGAAGGCAAGGGCCGAGGAGUGGGAGGCUGCAGAAGGCGGCACAAGGCCAAUACCCGGACAUGCAGCUCGCCCGCAAUCCCGUCAACAGCUUAUCCAUCGGCUGGUGGGAGAAGAGCCCAAGAAAUGA